GGCCUGUUGGAGAGAAGGAUACUUAAUUGUAUCUUGUUGGUGAUGCUCCAUUUCCAACGGCAAGGCCAAACCCGACAGGCAGUUAGAUACAGGAUGUAAAAGAUGUCCAUCUAUUAUGGAACGAUAUCCAUUUUCGUUGAGGUACUUUGUGUCUGGUAUGUUAGUUGCAUUUUUUCUAACAUUUUACUUAUACCAAAAAAUAUUCCAAAAACUUAAAACAUUCCCAAUGGAGACUAAAGAAAAAAAUUUCUUAAUUGACGAUGGACCACCACCAAAUAGAUUUUCAAGCUAUUCUAAUAACGACAUGUCAAAAUGCCGAAAUUUGAAAAGGAAAAAUAUUACUUGUGGACCUUUGAUUCGAGGAGAGGAGAAUGCGGUGACUUUAAGCAAAACAACGAGGUUUUCUGACCCAGUCCUACCCUGUAUGAUUCUCAAUCUGGUCAAGAACUGCACGGCUCUUUUAGAUCUCCAUGGAUACAUCGUGCAAUCUUUGUCACAGGAGGAACUUAAUUUUCCGCUCGCCUUUACCAUAAAAAUGCACACCAACGCAGACCAAGGUGAGCAAUUACUGAGAAACAUUUACAGAUCGCAUAAUGUGUAUUGUAUCUAUGUGGACAGAAAGGCAAUCAAACAGUUUUUUAAUAUAAUGCAGCAACUGGGUCGCUGUUUUCAAAAUGUGUUCGUCGUGGAAGGCAGACAAAGAGUGACAUACGCCAGCAUUGAUUUAGUACAUGCUGAAUUAGAGUGCAUGAGGGUACUGAUGAAGUCAAAUGUUAAAUGGAAAUAUUAUAUCAACCUUACUGGACAGGAGUUCCCUUUAAAAACAAAUUUAGAAAUAGUGCAGAUAUUAAAAACGUUAAAUGGAGCAAAUGAUAUUGAAAGUUACGAUUUUCCUGUUGGUUUGCAAUAUAGAUACAAGUAUAAAUAUGUAAAAGUUCGAAAUAAAAUGAUACAAUCGAAUACCACUCAUCCAUCUUUCCGCUACCCUAUAAAAAUCAGGAAAGGUAGUGCAUACGCUAUGUUGACAUACGCAUUUGUGAACUUCGUUUUAUUUGACGAUAUAUCCGAGGAGUUUAUUGAAUGGUUAUCAUACACAUAUUCACCCGAAGAAACAUUAUUUGCAACAUUAAAUAGUCUACCAUGGGCUCCUGGUGGGUACGACAUCAUGACAUCAGAAGAAAGCAAUACAUUUUUGUCACGUGCUAUAAAGUGGCAGAUGAGGCGUGCGGACUGUGGUGGCCAGUGGGUGAGGUCAGUAUGUGUUUAUGGUCCCUCAGAUCUACCAUGGCUUCUCCGGCAGCCACAGGUCAUCGCUAACAAGUUUGAUAUUCGCGUGGACACUACUUCUGUAGACUGCUUAGAAGAAAUAAUCAGACAAAGGACUUAUCAUCCAAACACCGGGGAUAUGAAUUGGAGCUAUUACAAGAACCUCCCACACGUCAAACUCUAUAAGAAUCUUACUCAAAGGAUCGGAACUCGCCAAUAUUCUGAAUAUUUAUUACGUAAAAAAUCAGAAUGGAAAAACAAACAUGGACAUGUUUUGUAAUGGCAGUGUAGCUCUAUUACGUAAGUUAAUUGAGUGAUUGACGAUGCUUUCAACUUGUUUUGUUUCUUUGUUGCUUCCAAAGUAAAACGCGUCUUUUCAUUUUUAUAUUUCUAGUCACUUAUAAUUGUAUGAAAACCUUUCAAGAAAUUAUGCCAAGAAUGAUGUAUUGUAGA